CAUCAUCCUUGUACCAAACAAACAACCAAACCAAAAAAAAGGUUCAUUCGAUUUGAUCAAAUGGUAAAGGUUCCAAGAAUCAAACUGGGCUCACAGGGUUUGGAGGUAUCAGCUCAGGGUUUGGGUUGUAUGGGCAUGUCUGCUGCUUACGGUCCCCCAAAACCCGAACCCGACAUGAUCAACCUAAUCCACCACGCUAUUGAUGCAGGAGUUACCUUUCUCGACACCUCCGACGUCUAUGGCCCUAAAACAAACGAACUCUUACUUGGAAAGGCUUUGAAAGGCGGCGUAAGGGCAAAAGUGGAAUUAGCUACAAAAUUCGGGAUUAAAUAUGAGAAUUUUGAAAUAUGUGGCGAUCCGGCAUAUGUGAGGGCAUGUUGCGAAGCAAGUUUGAAGAGGCUUGAGAUCGAUUGCAUCGAUCUCUAUUAUCAGCACCGCAGUGACACUCAUGUGCCCAUCGAAAUCACGAUGGGAGAAAUGAAGAAACUUGUGGAAGAAGGUAAAAUAAAAUAUAUAGGGCUAUCAGAAGCUUCAGCUUCCACCAUUAGAAGAGCCCAUGCUGUGCAUCCAAUCACUGCUGUACAAUUAGAAUGGUCAUUAUGGUCUAGAGAUGUUGAAGAUGAAAUUAUUCCUACUUGCAGAGAACUUGGGAUCGGAAUUGUCGCGUAUAGUCCUCUAGGACGGGGAUUUCUUUCAUCAGGGCCCAAAUUGACCGAAGGUUUGACCAAGGGCGAUUUCCGCCAGUCUCUACCACGGUUCCAAGCUGAGAACCUUGAGCAUAACCGGAUGUUGUAUGAGCGGCUUAGCGAGAUAGCAGCAAACAAGGGGUGCACCACAGCCCAAUUAGCAUUGGCCUGGGUUCACCAUCAGGGGAAGGAUGUAGUACCCAUACCAGGAACCACUAAAAUAGAAAACUUUGAACAGAACAUAGGAGCUUUGUCGGUAAAAUUAACACCAGAUGACAUGGCAGAACUUGAAUCCAUUGCUUCAGCCGAAGCAGCUAAGGGCGCGCGGUACAUGGAUGGUUUCCCCACGUAUCUAACAUCCGACACUCCACCGCUGUCUUCAUGGAAACCUUGAUUGAAAUGUUGGUUUUGCUAUGACCUUUUUAUGUUGUUUUGUGUUCCAUAGUUUUGUUUGUAUGUGCCUUGAGAGUUCUCAUCCUGGAGAGGCAUGUGAGUUUAUGACAAUAAGCCUCAACUUGAAAUCUUUUGAGUGAGUAGUGAAGUAUAAUAAGCUAGAACUUUUGUUUGAUUUACA